AAAAGAAAAAGCUCUUAUAUUGUGUAUCCUUAUUGUUCAUUGGUUAUAUAAGUUAUUUUCUCUUCUCUCUCUCUCUCUCUCUCUCUCUCUCUCUCUCUUACAUAUCUCUGUUUCUCUCUCUCUCUUACAAUUUCCAACAUCUCAGUAGAACAAAGAAAGAAAGAACAGAACACAAACAUUACCAAUUUUUCUCAGAAAAUACCACAGAAAACAAAUCCUAAAACUCAACCUGACCAACCUGAGAAAAAUUCAAUUUUUCACAAACCCCAAAUCUAAAAAUCCAAUCUUUUCCAUUUUUUCAUAGAUUUAAUUUCACAACUACAAAUUGGUGUAGAAAAAAUCUUCAAAAGGGUUUUCUUUUUCUGUGAUUUACAACAGAAAAAGAAACCCAAAAUCACAAACACAAUCACAAACACAAACACAAUGAAGAAAUUGAAAAACUAUUACAUGCACUUCAAAAAUCAUCAUCCUCAUCAUCAUCAAUCACCAGAAAGAAAAUGGAUUUUUCCUCUUGCAAUUGGUUCAAUUCUUUCUCUUUUUCUUCUUUUCAUUGCAACACUAACAUCACCACAAGGCACACACAUUCUACCUUUUUACCGUUCAAUUUCAGCUUCAUAUUCAGUUUUUGUUGAAUCUAAGUUACACCCUUUACCUAUUUCAACCCUCCCUCCACCACCACGUCUUGCUUAUCUUAUCUCCGGCUCCGCCGGUGACGGUGGUUCUGUUAAAAGGGUCCUUCUUGCUAUGUAUCAUCCACAUAACCGUUAUGUUGUUCAUCUUGACCUUGAAUCUUCACCUAAAGAACGUUCGGAUCUGUUUGAGUUUGUUAAGAAUCAUGAAUUGUUUAAGAGAUUUCAGAAUGUUAAGAUGAUUACUAAAGCAAAUCUGAUUACUUAUAGAGGUCCUACUAUGGUUGCUAAUACUCUUCAUGCUGCUGCUAUUUUGUUGAAGGAAUGUGGUGAUUGGGAUUGGUUUAUCAAUCUUAGUGCUUCUGAUUAUCCACUUGUUACUCAAGAUGAUCUGCUUCACACAUUUAGCUACUUGCCUCGUGAUCUUAAUUUCAUUGAUCAUACUAGUGACAUUGGAUGGAAAGAUCAUCAGCGUGCGAGGCCUAUAAUCGUUGAUCCGGGGUUGUACAUGAAUAAGAAACAAGAUGUGUUUUGGGUUACACAGAGGAGAAGUAGACCAACUGCUUUCAAGCUUUUCACAGGUUCGGCUUGGAUGGUACUCUCAAGACCUUUCGUCGACUAUGUCAUAUGGGGAUGGGACAACUUACCGCGAACCGUUCUCAUGUACUAUUCAAAUUUCAUAUCAUCCCCCGAAGGAUAUUUCCAUACCGUUAUUUGCAAUGCUCAAGAAUUCAGGAACACAACUGUCAACAGCGAUCUACACUUCAUUUCAUGGGAUAAUCCUCCAAAGCAACAUCCUCACUACCUCACAGUUGCUGAUAUGAAAGUUAUGGUUGACAGCAACGCUCCUUUCGCAAGGAAGUUCCAUCGAAACGAUCCAGUUUUGGACAAAAUCGAUUCCGAAUUAUUAUCUCGAAGUCCCGGAAUGCCUGUACCUGGUGGUUGGUGCAUAGGAAGCAAUGAGAAUGGAACCGAUCCUUGCUCUGUAGUUGGCAACACUACAGUCCUUAGGCCAGAUAACGGUUCGAAAAGACUUGAAACAUUAAUCAGCAAAUUGUUAUCGACUGAAAAUUUUCGGCCUAGACAAUGUGUAUGAGACAAAACCGAAAUGCAAAAAAAAAUUGUCUUGUUUGAGAUUAUUUAACGAACCACUUCAUUUUUAGUU